GGCCUGGGCGCCGGCGGGUGGGCAGGGCCCUGGCUGGGGGCGAGGGACAGCCCCGAGAGACCUGGCUGUGGCCCCGGAGCGCCCUCACGCCGGCUCCGAGAGGAUAACGCAGUGAGCAGGCGCCGCGCCUCCGGCUGGAUCUGCGCGCACGAGCGGGCGCCCGCGGGAGGCGACGGUGCGGGGCGCCCGGCCCCGAGGCAGCGGCUGGGAUCCGCGGCGGUGGCUGGUUUGUCCUUGCUCCGGAGGGCGCUGGAGGAUGUAACGGAGCUGGGAGCUCCGGAGCGACUCGCAGACCCCACCGCAUCCCCCGAGGCCGCUGGAGUAAAAUGAUGUGACACUUCCACCCAAGAGGCUCUCUUCCCAAACACACAACAUCGGUGGCCAAAGCAGGCCUCCCCCACCGCACCCCACGCGAAGCAGGCACCCCCCGACUCCACGAUGCCAGCCAAGACCCCGAUUUACCUGAAAGCUGCCAACAACAAGAAGGGAAAGAAGCUGAAGCUGAGGGACAUCUUGUCCCCCGACAUGAUCAGCCCCCCGCUCGGGGACUUCCGCCACACCAUCCACAUCGGCAAGGAGGGCCAGCACGACGUCUUCGGGGACAUCUCCUUUCUUCAGGGCAACUACGAGCUGCUGCCCGGCCACCAGGAGAAGGCGCGCCUGGGCCAGCUGCCGGGGCACAACGAGUUCUUCCGGGCCAACAGCACGUCGGACUCCGUGUUCACGGAGACGCCCUCCCCCGUGCUCAAAAACGCCAUCUCCCUGCCGACCAUCGGAGGCUCCCAGGCCCUCAUGCUGCCCUUGCUGUCGCCCGUGACGUUCAGCUCCAAACAGGAGGCCUUCGGGCCGGCCAAGCUGCCCCGGCUCAGCUGCGCACCUGUGGCCGAGGAGAAGGCGGCGGAGGACGGCGGCGCGCUGCGCCCGGGGGACACGUCGUGGGCGUCCAGCGGCUCGGCGUCGCAGUCCAGCCAGGGCAGGGACAGCCACUCCUCCAGCCUGUCGGAACAGUACCCCGAGUGGCCGGCCGAGGACCUGUUCGAGCAGCCCGCGCCCUGCGAGCUCGCCCAGGGGAAGGCCAAGUCCGAGGAGUCCCUCCCCGACCUCACGGGCUCGCUGCUCUCCCUGCAGCUCGACCUCGGGCCCUCGCUCCUGGACGAGGUGCUCAACGUCAUGGACAAAAAUAAGUAGCAGCACAGCCAGUUCUCGUCCUUGUGGGGUAGCAGGUGGCUGCACCAAUACCACCACGCAGACCAGAGCGCCCGCUGCUGAACAGGAGCGCUCCCGUGGCCAUGUUUGCCGCUGGGGGAUGGGUUUUCUAAAAUAACGUUCCUACAAAGUAUUUUUUUACCUGUUAUGCUCUUCCUGUUGGCAAAAACAAUGGGGAGCGGGGAGCAAACCUGGCCGAAAGAGGAAAUGAGUCGGGGUGCCUUUUCAGCUGCGUGCUGGUGUUCAGCUCCCAUUGCUUCUUGGCAGACACAGGAGUCUGGUUUGGCCAGGACUGAUACUAACUACCAAGGGCUGGUCCAGUCAUGCUGAGACUCCGACAUUUUCUAAGCAAGAGGAAGUCGGAAUUUAUUUAACACCUAAGCCUUUUUUUUUUUUUUUUGCUAGACUCUUUUCUAUAUUACAUUGGUUUGGGCUCACCCUGGCAAAUUCUCCAGUGUUAAACGUUUUUGUCUGUUUUCACAACUGAACAACUUUAUAGGCUUUUGGGAGAUUGUCUUGUACUUCUUAUAUAUAUAUAUCCCUAUAUAUUAUUAUAUCUGUAUUGCAAACUGUUGACCAUCAGCUACAUGUUGGUAAGACAUAAGCAAAGUAUGACUGUAACUAAGUUAUUUUUAAAGUUAAAAUAUAUUUUUAUGUGCCUUUGGCUUUUUAUUGCAGAGUCUACAUUUUAUAGAGGAUACAUCCAGUGCUGCCCUCUGACCUGUCUCCCUUGGGGUUCCAUUGUAAGCCGUGCAUGUGUAUGUUUGGAGAAGUGUCUUCAUACCUAGCUUUAUUUUCCCCUCUGUCUGUUAUCAUACGAAAGUGUAAAGGCACAGGUUACUCAUGAUGCUUCUGCAGAGACUCUGGGCUACACCAUGCAAUGUUAUUUGGAAAUAUAAGUAUUUUAGUACAGUACAUACUUGCAUUACAUAGGUACUUCAUACAACACAAUAAAAAGUAAAUGUUAAAAUUGAA